CGAGGUCGCGGCGGAGCCGGGGUGCGGUGGGUUCCGGGCCGGGCUUCCCAGGACCAGGCUGGACAGCCGGCUCCGGCCGAGGCGCCGUGCUCUCCGGGGCGGGACGUGGCGGGGCCGAGACCCCGCGGCAGCGCGGGACCGAGCCCGCCACGCAGGCCCCGCGCCCGCCGCCAUUGUUGCCCGGGGCCUCUCGGGCCGCUCGGCUGCGCGUCCGUAGGUCCGGCUGCAGAAGAUCUUCAGAGACUUCACCCCACACCGGUCUCUUCUGCCUGUUUCCAGCCCGAGCUCUCAGGGAGUGGAGACCUGGGACAGGCUGGCGUUAAUGUCCAAAGAGCAUCAGCGGCUCGCCCUCAUUUCUUGACCGUUUCCCUUGGGAACCUUGAGCACUUUAAGAAGAAAUUCUCCUCCCAGUUUGUUCUAAGUAACAGAUUUGCUCUGUUGUCUCUGAGAACCAGUUCAGUCAUUAAAGCUUCUGUAAAAUCUGUUGACUAAAAUAUUUUGUGUAAACGAAUGUUUAAUUUCUGUUUCAACAAGUUAGAAGUUUUAUCUGACAUUUUGCCCAGGGUUCAAGUCUUUGCUUCUACCCCCACCUCUUAUGGCUGUCCCAACCCGUGCCCCGGCAGGUUGCAUUUGUCUUACAAGUCGGAGGAUAUCAGGGAAGGAGACCACUGUGAAGUCUGUGUUUAUCUGUACACUCUGGGUUGUCUGCUUCUGUUUGUGUGUGUGUAUGGCAGAGAGCGCCAGAAAUUCUCGACCUUGCGGUCUGUUCUUGUGUUUCAGGGUCUAUUCACCAUCCUGGGAAGUUCUGGGCCCAGAAUUUGUAAGUUAGGCUGCUGCCAACCCUGCCUUGACUCUGUUCUGCCUCUAGCAGCAGCAACCCUUGAAAAGUGUCUUUGUGACUCUAGCAUGCAACUUCACGCACUUGGCUCACUCCCAGAGAAAUAAAGGCUAUUGCCAGAUUGACCCUCCUGCCUGUAGCAAUGUUCACCCCGAGUAAGAGGAUGACCAGUUCUUCACGCGCCCAAGUUCUUUUCAUGUGGAAGCCAGACAGGGCUCAGAGCGGACCGCGUGGUGUGGAUAAGGAAACCCUCGCUUCAAGGCUCUUGCGUGACACUGAGACCUGUCGGCAGAAUUUUAGGAAUUUUCCGUACCCAGACCUGGCUGGUCCUCGAAAGGCACUGAAUCAGCUCCGAGAGCUCUGCCUUAAGUGGCUGAGACCCGAGAUUCACUCCAAGGAGCAAAUCCUGGAGCUGCUGGUUCUGGAACAAUUCCUGACCAUCCUGCCCGGGGAGGUCAGGACUUGGGUGAAGUCCCAGUACCCGAGGAGCGGCGAGGAAGUGGUGACUCUGGUGGAGGACUUGACUCAGAUUCUAGAGGAAGAAGAAGCGGCUCCGCAGAACUCUACCCUUUGGCAAGAGAUCCCAGAGGAGGACCCCAAAGGAAGACCAGGAGGGUGGCUGAACAAUUUGGCGACCAAAGAAUCUAUGACAUUCACAGACGUGGCCGUGGACAUCACCCCGGAGGACUGGGAGCUCAUGCGCCCUGUGCAGAAGGAGCUGUACAAGACCGUCACGUUGCAGAACUACUGGAACAUGGUUUCUCUGGGACUUACGGUGUACAGACCAACUGUGAUUCCCAUAUUGGAAGAACCAUGGAUGGUGAUAAAAGAAAUUUUAGAAGGCCCCAGUCCAGAAUGGGAAUCAAAAGCCCAAGACUGUACUUCAGUGGAAAAUACUUCUAAACUCACGAAGGGUGGACCCAAGACCGUCAAGCUGGAAGAGCCCUAUGAGUAUGACAGGUCGGAGAGGCCAGCGGCCUUCAGGAGAAUCCCCACCAGCAGCAGGAACUUCGGUCUGAAGGCAGUCUUUUCACAGGAAGACGCUCCUGCAGGAGGGUGUCUGAGCAAAUAUGAUCUAUAUCGAAGUAACUUUGAAAAGCACUCCAACCUGAUUAUACAGUUUGGUACCCAGUCAGAUGAUAAGACUUCCACGUACAACGAGGGCCGGGCAGCCUUCGGUCACGUCUCGUACGGUAUCGUGCACGGAAAAAUAUACCCUGGAGACAAGCCUUACAAGUGUAACGUGUGCGGGAAAAAGUUUAGGAAAUACCCAUCCCUCCUCAAGCACCAAAGCAGCCACGCCAAAGAGAGGUCCCACGAGUGCGAGGAGUGCGGGAAGGAGUUCAGGCACGUCUCCUCCCUCAUCGCCCACCAGAGGAUGCACACUGGGGAGAAGCCGUACGAGUGCCACCAGUGCGGGAAGGCCUUCAGCCAGCGCGCGCACCUCACCAUCCACCAGAGGAUCCACACCGGCGAGAAGCCCUACAAGUGCGAUGACUGCGGCAAAGACUUCAGCCAGCGCGCACACCUCACCAUCCACCAGAGGACGCACACCGGAGAGAAGCCGUACAGAUGCUUAGAAUGUGGUAAAACCUUCAGCCACAGCUCGUCUCUGAUUAAUCACCAGAGAGUUCACACGGGAGAAAAACCUUACAUAUGCAACGAGUGCGGGAAAACCUUCAGUCAGAGCACACACCUCCUUCAACAUCAAAAAAUACACACGGGAAAGAAACCGUAUAAAUGCAAUGAGUGCUGGAAAGUGUUUAGCCAGAGUACUUACCUCAUUCGACAUCAGAGAAUUCAUUCUGGAGAGAAGUGUUACAAAUGCAACGAAUGCGGGAAAGCCUUUGCUCAUUCCUCCACUCUCAUUCAACAUCAGACUACUCACACAGGAGAGAAAUCCUAUGUCUGUAACAUAUGCGGGAAAGCCUUCAGCCAGAGUGCAAACCUCACCCAGCAUCACAGAACGCACACUGGAGAGAAACCGUAUAAGUGCAGUGUGUGUGGGAAAGCCUUCAGCCAGAGUGUGCACCUUACUCAGCACCAGAGGAUUCAUAAUGGGGAGAAGCCCUUUAAAUGCAAUAUAUGUGGGAAGGCAUAUAGACAGGGCGCAAACCUUACUCAGCAUCAAAGGAUUCAUACUGGAGAGAAGCCCUAUAAGUGUAACGAAUGUGGCAAAGCCUUUAUUUACUCCUCGUCGCUUAACCAGCAUCAGAGAACUCACACGGGAGAAAGGCCCUAUAAGUGUAACGAAUGUGAUAAAGAUUUUAGCCAGAGAACAUGCCUUAUUCAACACCAGAGGAUUCACACAGGAGAGAAGCCCUACGGAUGCCGCAUAUGUGGUAAAACCUUCACCCAGAGCACAAACCUCAUUCAGCACCAGCGGGUUCAUACAGGUGCCAAACACCGAAAUUAAUGGAUACGGGAGACUUCAUCUAAGUUUGAAAACUUAAGCACUUGGAUUUUAUUUUGUGUCCUAUGUGUUAAAAACAUUAUUCAAAAGAAGUGCAAUAUAGGUUAGUUAUCACUCAGCAGAAGCAUCAGAAUUCGUAACGUGGAUGUAACCUAUUUAAAUUUAAUGUGAAAUUUAAGAAGAAAACAUUCAUUGCUUAACCUUUAUUUGAUACCAGUUUAAUUCACUCCAGAAAGAAACCCUAGGGAAGUAAGGGUCCUCAAAAGCCCGUAACUCGUCGACUCUCUGUAUUUCAGGUACGUCUUAAUGAGGCCUUGUGAGUGUAACUUGGGGAAGCUUCCACCCAGUAGAGGUUUCACCCUAGACAGUAAUCCGGGAGUAACGGAAAAGAAAAGGCUGCUUUCAGGCUUUGGUUCUUCCCAGCCUUGAAGCCUUAAGUACGUAAAGGGUCCCCUCCCCGCCUUUGCUUCUCUUUUCCAAUGAGGCCAUGACUGCCACGUGGAGCCAGUAGGUUUGCAAAAAAAAAAACAAAAAGUUGAAAAUAUCUUAAAGAUUUCUAUGUGACCACUGUUUAAUUACACUUUCCUUUAAAUACUGAAAUAUUAAAGGAGGCUCGAUGAAAGAUGACGUUAGGAUAGAGAAACUAAUGUCGUGUAUAUGACCCUUAGACGUGUACAAAUUUAAUCAAACAGGCAAAAAUUAAACACCCAGACUUUAUCUUUAAAGCACAUUAGUCUUAGUUUCACUAGGUUUUGACAGCUGUCAUCUGGAAGGAAGGAAUAACACAGUUCCUUUCCUCCCCCCACCACCUGACUCCUAAAUUCAUAACUGUAGGUUCCCCCUGGACUGUUUCACUAUAAAGUCCACUGCUUCCACUGAAGCACGUUUCUUGAGUGCUGCUGUGCUCAUGGCCCAAACUUCCUACUUGGAUCCUCCCAGGGCCUAGAGUGCUGAAAAUCACGGCCGAUCUAAGCCACAGAAGGUUUUCUAAAGUAAAGAAAGAUAACAAAGUUAAGGGCAUGAUCUUAACCAGUGUGUCACGGACCGAACCUGCUAAAGUGGGCCACCAAGCACAGCCCCGUAUCUUAAGACAAGGAAGUAAUGGGAAAAAAUAAGUCGUGGACAGUAGGUUUGAGUUCAGUGCACAGAGUGGUCCGGGGGGGAAUUCAGGCCUUAAGGGUGAGGAAAGAGAAUGCAUAGGUAACAUUUGUAACCGAAAUGAUACUGGACUUGGCUUACCUAAGAAAAUACGAGUGACUUGACCGAAAAAGCAAAAUUCAGCCUGUCGUUUCUUAAGAAGAAACUAGAACUGAAAUGACUGGUUUCAAAGGAAAGAUUGAAAUAGGUCCUCCUCAUACACGUAAGUAAAACGGGGAUCACUCUUCACAUGAUGGGGGGAAAGCUUCAUUGGAAAAAGCGCUGGUGUGGAAACCGUCACUGAUGCAGUAAUUAUUGAACAGGGUCUGAGCUCACGGGGUCCCAAACAGCAUACAAGGACAACUGGUAGAAAUGCACAUAGGAACAGGCGAGAAUACUACUGUAUUUAAUGUCCACAGCGCUCCACUCUCAGAAUUUAAGACCGUAUUCUGAGAGCUGACGUUUCAUCCUGCUUUGUUUCUUUCUUCAGUGCCUUGCACGUGGUAGGUAGGUGGCUGGUGUAUGUUGGCUGAAUUAAUGAAUAAAUAAGUAGUCAAGUUAGACUUGAGUAAAAAGGUAGAAGUAACUGAUACGGAGUGAAAUUGGUAAAAUUGAAAAUACUUUUUGUGCACACAUGCAAAGAAAUACUUAACAAAUACUGGUCAUUUGUUGGUAGUAGGAGCUACUUAAAAAUGAAGGCUCAGAAUCGCCAAAUCUUAACAUUGGGGAUAUUCCUAAAGAAAUCACGGGACAGCCUCGCACAGGAAGUUUUCCUGAGCUAGAUGAGGAAAAGCUGAUAGAAAUCCCGGUGGCGUGAAUAUCAAUUUGCACACGUACUGACCAUGCAGCUUCAUCUGGACGUCAGUAAGACCUGGGGAGCUGGGGGGGUGGGGCAAGGACCUGGGCUGCUGGCAUCUUCAAGGCUUUCUUGUUGAGUGUUUUCUUCAAGAAGUUGCUUUCCCCUUGUCCUCAUGAUAGUUAACCUUGCUGUCGUGGAGUCACCUUUCAUGAAGUGCAGACUUCCUCCAGGUUGCACAGUACUCACAUUACGCUUAUGCCAUAGUAUCGUGUUAAAAAAACAACCACUGUAUUUAAGAUGCAAUUUUUGUAAUACCACCUCUUACCUUACACAACACGUUUUCUCCUGGAACGAACGUGUGGCGUGUUCCAGUCCACAGCGCCUUUCUUUGCGUUAACCUGAGUUUCCUGCCUUUGUGUGUUUUAUGUAAAUAUGCAUUCAUGAGGUCUUCCACUGAAGCCCUGAGGCACCUGAUGUCCUUAUAAAAUAACAACAAUGACAGUAGAGAACCCCAGACCUCCGUGUUUUCCCCACUUUCACAGUAUCCGACCCACAUUUUCAAGUUUUUAACAGCUUUUUGUUAUGAAAAUGUUCAAAUAUACAGAAAAGUUAAAGAAUAAUAAAACUAUAUAUCCACCACCUAGAGUAAAACAUUAA